AUCCCCUUGGGGAGCAGUGUGUGGUUAGUCUUUGCUCAGAGUGGCAGUCUGUGGGAGUUGGGCUUGAACUGAGAGUAUCAGGAUUCCAAGCUCCAUGCCCUAACCACUAGGCCUGUUAUGACAUGUAAGGUGACACAAUAACUUGAUUCUUUUAGUGUUAGUUUUUUUUUAUUUUCUGUUUCAGUAUCACUACGAUCAUUACAAACACUCAACAUGACUCACACUACUAGAAUAGCUUGGUAUUCAUUUGUCACAUGAUAUACAAUGUAUAACGUGCUUCCAUCAGCAUUACAAAUGCUAGAUUUACUGGUCAUCUUCACAGUUAUCUAUAAUAAACCAAACACCUUUAAUGGGAAAAUAUAAACCAGUAAAUGCAUUCAUAUUUUUUAAUAUUUACUUGUCAACAUAUCUUCCCAACAUAGAAAGAAAAGCUUCCAUAGAUUGUUUAUUUUCAUAUUGGAGUGUUUGCUUUAAAUCUUAACCCUUCUUACAUUCUAGCCUGUCCUCCCUUCACAUUUUAUUCUACCAACCUUUCUGCUAUUUCAUCUAAUGAUAAUGUCAACAAACAGCAUACUGGAGAGGCGUUUAGCCAUUUGAUUCAGGUGAGAUGAAAAAAGACUCGGUUCCAGGCUUUAUAUUAUUAUUUUUUUUAUGUAUUUAUGUUUUGUGAAAUUGUCUAAGAGGGGCUCAGUACAAGUGUAUACAAAAUGACAAAAUACAUCUAAGUCAAUAUAUACAGAGACGCAGAUAAAUGCUGGUGCCGUAGUCAGGGCAACUGCUUGGUUUAUUUUCCCCCCCACUUCCUUGUAGAAAGCCACGCCCAUAUUCCUAUAUAAGCGCUCUUCUAGCUUCGGCUUUCAAUCGUACCUCAGCAGCUCUCAUCUGCAUAAUGACAGAAAGCAAACGAACUCUCGUCUAUUUGAUCACCGGAGGCUGCGGUUUCCUCGGAAAGCAUCUGCUUGAUGUUCUGAUAGAGAAGGAGGAAGAGCUGGCGGAGGUGCGGGUGUUUGACAAACACAUAGACCGGAGCUUUAGCGAGCGGAGAGGCGCAGAUGAUGUGAAAGUGACUACCCUCCAAGGAGACAUCACAGAUUACAGCAGCGUGUUGGAGGCCACCCGGGGGGCUGAUGUCGUUAUCCAUGCUGCCAGCCUGGUGGAUGUUUGGCACAAAAUUCCGGAGGCCACGAUCUACUCUGUCAACGUUACAGGAACGGAGAAUGUGAUCAAAGCGUGCGUGGAAUGUGGCGUUGAGUGCCUUGUCUACACAAGCAGCAUGGAAGUGAUUGGACCCAACCUCAAUGGAGAUCACUUCAAGAGAGGCAAUGAAGACACGAAGUAUGAAAUUAAGCACACUAUGGCCUAUCCCAAGAGUAAGACAAAGGCAGAGAAAAUGAUCCUGGAGGCCAAUGGCAGAAAGGUGAGGGGGGGGGAGUGUUUAUACACCUGCUCACUAAGACCGACGGGGAUCUAUGGCGAAGGUCACCAUCUAAUGAAGGACUUCUACAACCUGGCUGCAGAACGGGGAGGCCUUGUUAUUGGGGGCAUCCCAGAUCACAUUGAACAUGGGCGUGUCUAUGCAGGUAACGUCGCUUGGAUGCAUGUCCUUGCUGCUCGAGCCCUGAGAGGGAAUCCUGGGAAAGUUGGUGGUGAAGCUUUUUUCUGCUACGAUGACUCCCCCUAUAAAAGCUACGAGGACUUCAACAUGACAUUGCUGUCUGAGUUCAACUUUCGGAAGGUCCGCAUGCCUGCAAUCGUUCUGUUGUUCCUGGCCUUCUUAAAUGACUUUCUUCGCUGGAUACUGAGUCCAGUAUACAACUACACACCACUGCUUAACCGAUAUACGCUGGCUGUAGCCAGCACCACCUUCACAGUGCAAACGGACAAAGCACAGAGAUAUUUCCAGUACCAGCCCCUCUAUGAUUGGAAUCAGUGUUUAGCACGUACACAAACGUGGAUCAGAACUUUUCCGUCUAAACCAAAGAACUGUUAGUAUUUCCUCAACCACCACAGCGUUUUCAGACCCCAAUUAUGCAGGCAAGCAAGAUCCAGAUCAAGAACGACUUGCUGCUCAUUAAAAUACCCUGAGCUAUAAAAGGCAGUGAGAGCAUUUUUAGUCGCUCGUAUCAAAUCAUAAAUCACAUCUUAAUCACAAGAAACAACCUUUUCUGGCUCUUUCAUCUGUAGUUAAUAACUAGAUUACACGCAAAAAUGUAUGUCUAGUGCCUUGUUACCAUGGAGAUGAAAUAUAGCACAACUUACAGAAAAGCUAAACACUUUAUUUUUGUAACUGUGACUCGUGUCUGUCGAUCUCAUUUAGUUACAACAAUGUCUUUACCUUCUAGCACUGCAUGUCUUUAAAAAUAUAAAGAAGAGAAUAUGUUAAAUAUAUGUUAUUAAAAGGAAAAGCAAUAUGCAGUUCAGCAAUGCAACUAUGACCAGUGGCUUUUAAAGCUGCUUUAUAGACAUGAGCGUUUCAAAAUUAGACUCCUUUUCUCAGAAAGGGUUUCAUUCUUAAGAAGGUAUGUUCCAUCUGCAAGUCAAAGAGGUUGGUCUGAACUAUUGUAUCAGCUAUUGUGUCAACUAUUGUAUUUAAAGAGCAAUACACUUCAUGGUAAGCUUAAAAAAACAACAAAAAACAUGAACCCAUGUAGCAUUAAAAUGAUCUCCUUAUGCAUUGACUUAACAAAUAGAAGUCUGUAACCUCAAGUUUUGUCAAAAGGAAAAACCUGUGUAAAUAGAAAUAUUUGUAUAAUAUUAAAAUGUUAUUUAAUUGUAAUAAUUUUAUGACUGCAAAUAAAA